AUGGCUAAUAAUAUACCAGUGCGUGAUCCUGCUAGUAAAACAUCAACAGCAUUUACAUUAUUUAUUGAAAAUUAUGGUCCUUACCAACCAAUAGAUGUUGAAUUUAUCAAGAUAAAUGGUAGAUUAUUUAGAACUGAAUGGUAUAGCCAAUUCCCAUGGAUUGAGUUCAGUGAGCAUUUACAAGCAGCUUUUUGUUUCAAUUGUAGAGUAUUUCCAUCGAAAAAUGCAGAAAAGACUUUCACUAAUGUUGGUUUUAAAAAUUGGAAGAAAGGAAUAGAGAAAUUUACUCAACACCAAAAAUGUAAUGCACACAAAGAGUCUACAUGCAAAUUGUCAAGUUAUACGUUUUCUAAAAAGAAUGGAUCAGUGAUUUCUGAAUUUAAUUUAGCACAUAAGAAUUCUGUAACUCAGAACCGAGAAUAUAUUAGAUGUCUAUUAAAAACCCUUUUGUUUUGUGCAAGACAAGGUAUAGCAAUGAGAGGACACAAUGAAACAGAAAUGUCAACAAAUUGUGGAAAUUUUCUCGAACUUUUAAAAUUGAGAGCACACGAUAAUGCAAUUAUUCAUAAAUAUUAUAUCGAAAAAGAAAUUAUUUUGGUGGAUGAAACUCAAGAUUUGAGUUAUCAUGAACAAGUUUCUAUUUAUAUCCGAUACGUUGAUCAACAUUUUGUCCCACAUGAAGUAUUUUUAGAUUUAAAUAAUGUUAGAGGUCAAUGCUAUGAUGGUGCUGCGUCGAUGAGAGGAUCCUACAGUGGUGUGCAAAGUAGAAUAAAAGAAGAAAAUCCAUUAGCACUAUAUGUGCAUUGUUAUGCACAUAUACUCAAUCUAUGUUUAGUUGAUUUAGCUAAGUCUGUACCAAUGGUAAGAAAUACUUUUGGAACUUUAUCAACUCUUCAUAAUUUUAUAAAGGCAUCUUCAAAAAGAUAUGCUAUUUUCAAAAAAGUACAAGAAUCAAAUGCAGAAAAUAAAACAAUUCCAGAUCAUUCAAAUAUUGACAAUCAAAAAGUGCAAGAAGAUUUAAAAAACAUAAAAAAAAAAAACAUUAAAAUCACUCAGGAAAUUUUAGGUUUGACUAAUGUAUUAAAUUUAUAUUUACAGUCACCAAAAAAUAACUAUGCAACUGUUAAAGAUAUGGCUAUGCAUACAAUUGAGUCUUUAAAGGAUUAUAGGUGUGAUUCAAAAUUUAAUGAAUUAUGGAUACUUUCAAAAACUGUUUGUGAUCAAAAUAAAUUAGAUCCUCCUAAGAUUCCUAGAAUGUCCAAAGUUCCAAAUAGACACGGUGGAGGUGCCAAACAAGCAGUAUACCAAGAUGUUCAACACUAUUUUAAAAUUAACUUUUUCUUCCCUCUUUUAGAUUUAUUAAUCAACGAUAUAUCAAAUCGUUUUUCUGAAAAUGAUCUUGAUAUCCUACAAGCAUUAUAUGAUGUCUAUGUGAAGAAAACCCAUCGAAUGACGUUAUUAAAAGAUGAAAUAAAAGAUUCAUUGGAAAAUAGAAUUGAUUUUUUCAAUAAAAAUAAUUUGAAAGGUGGAUUUGAAAAUUAUAGCAAAUGUUUAACUAUAUUUUUGUCAAUACCUACAAACACAGCUUCAAAUGAAAGAAGUUUCUCUUCGUUGAAGAAACUAAAAACAUAUCUACGGCUUACUAUGGGCCAAACAAGACUGAGUAGUAUCGCUACUCUAUACAUUGAAAGAGAUAGAGAAGUUGAUUUUGAUCAAGUAAUAAAUGAAUUUGACGAAGGUGCACCAAUUCGUGGUCGACGGCUUGUAUUGAGAUAA